AUGUCUGCCGUCAACGGUUCCACACCCAAGAAGGCCGUCCACUUUGGCGCCGGCAACAUCGGCCGCGGCUUCGUGGCCUGCUUCCUGCACAACUCCGGCUAUGAGGUCAUCUUUGCUGAUGUCGCCGCCCCGCUCAUCGACAAGCUGAACGCGCAGCCGAGCUACAAGGUCAUCGAGGUCGGCGCCGAGGGCACCACCGAGAACAUCAUCACAAACUACCGCGCCAUCAACUCGAGGACGCAGGAGCAGGAGCUCAUCGAGGAGAUCUCAACAGCCGAUGUCGUCACCUGCUCCGUCGGUCCCAACAUCCUCAAGUUCAUCGCCCCCGUCAUCGCCAAGGGCAUCGACCAGAGGCCUCAGGACCUGAAGCCCAUGGCCGUCAUCGCCUGCGAGAACGCCAUCGGCGCCACCGACACCCUGGCCGGCUUCAUCAAGCAGAACACCCCCGAGAGCCGCCUCGAGGACCACAGCGACCGCGCUCGGUACGCCAACUCGGCCAUUGACCGCAUCGUCCCCGCCCAGGACCCCGACGCCGGCCUGGACGUCAAGCUCGAGAAGUUCUACGAGUGGGUCGUCGACCGGACGCCGUUUGAGGGCUUCGAGGUUCCCCCCAUCGAGGGCAUCCAGUGGGUCGACCACCUGGAGCCCUACAUCGAGCGUAAGCUGUACACUGUCAACACUGGCCACGCCACGGCCGCCUACCACGGCUACAACCGCAGGAAGAGGACCGUCUACGACGCUCUUCAGGACAAGCACAUCCACGGCGAGGUCCGCAAGGCGCUGGCCGAGACCUCCAAGCUCAUCACCACCAAGCACGGUAUCGAUGAGAAGGAGCAGGCCGCCUAUGCCGAGAAGAUUAUCCGCCGCAUCGGCAACCCCCACUUGGAGGAUGCCGUCGAGCGUGUCGGCCGUGCUCCCCUGCGCAAGCUGUCGCGCAAGGAGCGUUUCAUCGGCCCUGCUGCCCACCUCGCUGAGAACGACCACGACUGCCAGGCACUGCUCGCCGCUGCCGAGAUGGCUUUCCGCUUCCAGAGCGUCGAGGAGGAUGCCGAGUCCAAGGAGCUGGCCGAGAUCAUGAACAACGACACUCCCGAGGAGGUCGUCCGCAAGAUCUGCGGUCUCACCGAGCAGGAGAAGCUGUUCCCCAAGAUGGUCGAGAUUGUCAGCAGAGUCCAGGCCGACGCUCAGGACUAG